AUGGACGCCUAUAUUCGUGCAAGCGUGCUGUUCAUGUCAUGUAUCAGUUGGGUUCACAUAACGGCGUACAAUAUUCGGAGUCAUCCAUGUUGCUUAGAACCGAACGAGAACCUGACUCUAGCAAUGAUCAUAGACGCAUUUGAGAUCUACGGCCACGAUCCGACUGAUAAACUGGAUAAUUUGUGGCUAUACCAGAACGAGAUGCUGAGGAUCAAGACGGCUGAAGAUCAGUACAUAAUAAACGAGCGAGUGCAUAUUGCUACUGACCAUCUUGGUCGGUUUAUAAAGCUACACAUACAAGAAUUAAAGGUGCUCCUCAUAACGUUGGAUGAUGUAUUAGAUAAUAUGCUAACGAUGUAUGAGAACCAUAACUCGGUGGCAGCAGAGAGGAAGGCCACAUACACGGGAGGGCCGGUACCCAUGGAAUUUUACAUGAGUCGAGAGUUUUACUGCGGCAAAAACGUCUACAUAUUCAUGUCAGAACUGUACAGUGAUAUUUACAACAUGGGGCGGGGUGUGGCGCCAUACUGUAAGGACCGCUCGUUCAUCUUCCUUGGCUUCUUACACUACCACGAUGAACAGAAGUACUACCUCGUCGACGAUCCCAACAUUUCAUUCCCAACUGACAAUUAUCUGCACGGAUUGGAGUGUCAUACGGGUAUUUGUAUAUUCAGGUUUCCCUUCAAAAAAAUAUUGCAAAGAGAAAGAGAUGUGUCUACGCUCCCCAAAGCAAUUGUAAAGUGUGGACUGGUGAUGUACAAACUGCCUCCAUUGACCGCCGUCUCCUGCAUCAUCACGUCGGGAUCUUUUAUCCUCGACUUCAACAUACAAGGGUUGCGGUAUAGACACCACGAUUACCUACUGACAACACCUAACGGACACACGUACUACACGAAGGAACCUCAGACGCCGCUUGUCUGUGACCACCAUGUCUGCGAGUGGAAUUACACCAACCAUUAUGGCGGCCCAUUCUUAAUACCUGGUGAUCCUGGAAGCGGCAUAGACCCUGUGCCGCCCUACAUUGAAUCUACCCCGAAGCCGGACGAGCCUGACAACGAAGAUAACAUCACCGUACCAUAUAUACUGGAAGGAUGUUUGUUCAUGUACCCUCCGAAUUACGGCUCCAUCGCUGGGAAGAGUUACCUGGAUUCUGUGGACCUACACGACGACAGGUUCACUUGUAACGCGGGAGGUGGCAAUAAGGGUCUGUACUGGUACCCACAAUGGAUGGGAGCUAUGCCACACCAUCCAUACCCUUCUAUAGUAGACCAGAAGGACAACUUCGAAUCACCAGGCUCAUUCUAUCCACAUCAGAAAGGCUAUGAUUAUGAAGAGGACAAUAAGUAAUUUAAUAAUAAACUAGUUUGUAAAAUAAAGUGCUGUUUAUUCAACAAAUGCAAAUCCUUAUACUGAAUAAUAUAUUUGUACAUAUAUAACAUAUAUGUAUAAUAAAAAUAUAUGUAAAUAACAUAUAUGUAUGAUAAAACAUAUGACGAUUCUAAGAGGUUAAAUCUCAAAAGUUUAUCUCAAAGAUAAUUUGGAAAGUGGCAAAACAGGGGAUGAAGGUGUCCAGACAGAAAUUGCAGGCUCGCAUAAAUCUCAUACUAGUAGAGUAGU